AUGACGGAGACGGACGAACCGACGGGGCGAGGCCCGAACGCUGCCUACGAUCGCGGUUCUCCCCGCUUCCGGAAUGAGGGAGGCCCAGCCCAGGCCUGGCAGCGGAGCGCCGAGCCAGGCCAGGCCGAAGGAGGAGAAAGCCGAGCGAAUCGAGCGGGAAGCGCUCAGCCCCGCCCCUUUCGAACGCUGGCGGGGAAGCUGCUUCCUGAUCAGGCGCCACGUGCUCAGAGAUGCUGGUUUGCAGCAGAAAAGACAAGAAAACAAAAAAUCACGGGCGGGGCAGAGAAACCACAAUGCGGGACGGGACGGAUAAGCCAGGAUGCCCAUAAAGCCUUGCACCCAUUGCCCAAGGAGUCGAACCCAGCCCGACUUAUAAAAGCUUCAAGCGCUGGCAAAGGGUUGAGCAAACGAGGCAGCCGAUGCCCACGUUCCUUUCCGCCACACCUGAGCCCGCAUUUCAUUCCUCCUUUGCAAAUGGCUGUGCUGGAUUCCCUUUUUUCUUUCCCUGCGUCCGUCGUUCUGUUGCUUUUCCUGUUGCUUUUUGCAUCCUCCUAUUUGCCGGCUCUCUUGCAAAAACCAUCUUUAAAGUUGCCGCCCGGUCCUUGGCCGCUUCCCAUCAUCGGGCACCUGCACUUGCUGGAUUUUAAAAGGCAGGACAAGUCCUUGCUAAAGCUUGCGAAAAAAUACGGACCUGUCUUUACUCUCUAUUUCGGGUUCAAGAAAGUGGUGGUGUUGACAGGCUACGAAGCAGUGAAGGAUGCCCUUGUGAACUUCACCGAGGAAUUUGUGGACAGGCCUUCCAUACCUAUAUUUGAGCAAAUUCAGCAUGGAAACGGGGUUUUCUUCUCCACUGGAGAGUUAUGGAGGACUACUCGAAGAUUUACCGUGUCCACCAUGCGCAACCUUGGGGUGGGGAAAAAACACAUUGAGGAAUGCAUCCACGAAGAGCUCGGUUUUCUGAUAGAGAAUAUUAACUCUUUCCAAGGAGAACCUUUCGACCUGCGAACAUUCAACGCUGCUGCGACCAACAUCACUUUUGUUCUGCUGUUUGGGGAACGGUUUGAGUACAACACCCCGACUUUUGUCACCCUUCUAAGACUCAUCGAUGAAGUGAUGUGUCUCCUCGGGUCUCCUACGUUGCACCUGUUCAACUUCUACCCGUUCCUGGGAUUUCUCUUCAACGCUCACAAGACCUUGCUUCGGAAGAUCGAAGACGUCCGAGUGAUUAUCAGAGAUUACAUCAAGAGUAGCCGACAGGAUCUCAAUGGCAACAGCUUCAGGAGCUACACAGAAGCUUUAGUCUACAAGCAGGAACAGGACAUGAACAAAAGAGAGAACCUCUUCCACGAAGAUAAUUUAAUUGCGUCCAUUCUGGAUCUUGUCAUGGCUGGGACAGAAACCACGGCCACAACUCUCCAAUGGGCCGUUCUGCUGGCUAUGAGGUAUCCGGAGAUCCAGAAGAAGGUCCAAGAGGAACUCGGGCGAGUGUUGCAGCCUGGCCAUUGGGCCACCUACGAAGACCGACGCCACCUGCCUUUCACCAACGCGGUGAUCCACGAAGUGCAGCGUUUCAUCACUCUCCUGCCCCACGUCCCACGAAGCACCUCCAUGGACACCCAUUUCAGAGGCUACUUCCUACCCAAGGGAACCAUGGUCAUCCCAUCAUUGACUUCAGUCCUGCUUGACCAGAGCCAAUGGGAAACCCCCCACGAAUUCAACCCCAACCACUUCCUUGAUCCCAGCGGGAAUUUCGUCAAGAAAGAUGCCUUCGUGCCUUAUUCUUUAGGACGCAGGAACUGCAUUGGCGAAAGUCUGGCCAAAAUGGAGCUCUUCCUCUUCUUCACGGGCCUGCUGCAGAAAUUCACUUUCCAACCUCCGCCUGGGCUUACAGAAACAGACUUGGACCUGAAUGUCCCUAAGACGACGUUCACUCUAAGACCGCAACCGCAGCUGACCUGGGCCGUUCUCCGAGAGUGA